ACUCCUUAACCCUUUGUGAAUCUCUAGGGUUUUGGCGCACUUCAUUUUGACCUCUGCUAUCAAAUUUGGGGACCCUGGACACUAGUUCUGUUAGAUCCAACUCGUUCUCGAAUUUCAGGCCUUUGUUUCUUAUUUCGGCGUGUUCGCGUGCAAGGUGCGAUGGCUGCCAACAACAACAUGCCUUCGACUUUGGAUAAAGAACAGAUAUUUGGAAUGGCCGAAAAGGAGAUGGAAUAUAGAGUUGAAUUAUUUAAUAAGUUGACCGGUACUUGUUUCAGCAAGUGUGUUGAAAACAAGUACAAGGAGUCUGAGCUAAACAUGGGUGAGAAUAGUUGCAUUGACCGCUGUGUUUCAAAAUACUGGCAUGUAAGAUGCUCCCUGUCUCCUUUCGGAUUUUAGGUGACUAAUCUGGUUGGUCAGCUGCUUGGUUCUGGACCUUCUGGUAGGCCUCCGAUGUGAUCAAAGCCGGCUCUGUUAUAUUCUGCGAUUUCUUACGCCUGAGCUGGAUCAAUCGACUGCCGAAUAUAGAAAUACUGCGGAUGGUCUUUAUUCUUGUAUCUGUCUUAUUUUGAAAAGGAUCCCUCUUCUGUGAUGAAUUUGAGAUGGUUUAGCUUUGUAAACAAUUCACGAGUUUGUAUUUAGUUCAUUUGAUGGAUUUUUGGCUUGAUAUCAGUUAGUCAUACAUCUUUCUUCCAA